AUGAUCCGAGAAAUUUCGACUGAUAUAAUUUUUUUAAAGACCGAACGAAAUACAUUCGGAUAUUCCAUUCGGGUCUAUGCACACAUCGGCAUCGGGGCGAUUUCGGCGGUUCGCAGAGUUUGUCGACAAUUUUCCAAUUUGCACUCGAAAGUCCGAUACGAGUCUGAGCGGGGGGCGAAUAGACCGCGUCGCGGCGAGGUCGACUGGGGUGCUGGUGCGGGGGGGAGGACGCGGACGUACGAAAAAGCUGGAGGCGCCCUUGGCGUUGGGGGCGUCGGGGGCGUCGGGGGCAAACACGCCGUCUCCCGGGACCCGCUCAUUAGUUGCGCAAACAAGCCGGCGGCCACUUUGACAAGCAGCGCGGCAGCACUCGCC